AUGGCUCCAGUUACAAGAAAAGCAGAGAAACCAACUGAUGGAGAAAAUGAAGGAGAUGAUGAAGUAGACAAAGAUGAAGAAACUAGAGAAGAAAGUGAAAAAGCUAAUGAAAAAGUUGUUGAAGGAGAUGAAGAAAAUGAUGAAGGAGAUGGAGAAGAAGGAUAUGAAGGAGAUGAACGAAGUGAAGAAGAUGAAGAAACUGAAAAGGGUAAUGAAGAAGAAGAAGAAUCUCCAGAUCACAUGUCGACGACCUUGGCCGAGUUAAGAAAAAAGAGAAAACAUAAUGUGAAUGCCAAUAUUCUUGAGUCUUCUAGUAUUGCCAUAAAUCCCAAUAGACCUUCCAUUGAUGAGGUCGUCAAGAGUUUCAGCAUUGAAAAGUACGGCAUGAGGAUUCCACUGAAUGAAAAUAAUGAUUUGUCCGGUGAUAUUGUGGUCAAAUCAAGCAUGGGCAAGGGCUUUGACAAAUUUAGGGGCAUUCUUCGACAGCAGGGGUUGGAGAAUUUCUUUAGGGCUAGCUGCUUUGGGCUCUAUUUAGAUUUGCCUCAAGAGACCGGCGCACGGUUUCAAAUGAUAAUGGCGUCUGGGCUUUUGAGGCGUAGGAUUAUUUCUGAUAGAAAGGAUGAGGUUUGGAUUAAUUAA